GCAGCGCAGCUCUUCCGGGCCGAACGUACGUAUGGUAGGCCCCCAAGAGCGGUAUUACAUCUAGUCCGUCAGUAUAAGUAGCCAAAUCUUUUGAGGCAAGUCGGGCUGAACGUUUUUCAGAAGUGACGAUCACAGGUCUUUCAGUCUUAACAUAAAUGACAUGAAUUUCUCAGCUAUCAGUGAUUACGAAUGCCACGGGAGGCACUUGCAUAUCGCCUUGGUGAAUCGUAACAAAAAUAAGCUUACAUUACAAGUAGACGAUGACGUACUGGACGUGGGCUGUGGUACCGGUGUAGAGACAAAGUCCAUUGCAGCGGAAGUGAAAAGUGUGACGGGCAUUGACUCUUCGAAGGAGAUGAUAGCCUUUGCUCGUGCAAACAACUCAGCGCCAAAUGUAACCUACAGUUUGGGAGAUGCGCAAACAAUUGGGGACUGCUCUGAGUGGCAGGAGAGAUUUGACAAAGCAGUCAGCUUCUUUGUUCUUCACUGGUGUCCGGACCAUGCUAUGGCACUCAGGAGCAUCCUGGCCUGCCUCAAGCCCGGAGGUGAAGCGCUGUUCAUCGUUUGCAAUAGGUCUUCUUGGGUCCCCGAGUCAGUUCAGUUCGUUCAAAACCACAUCAAAUGGAGUACAUACGGAAAGGACUUCAAGUCUUCCUGUCAAUUUUGGAAUAUGUCCGUCUCAGAAGCUGAAAAACUGCUGGCGUCUUGUGGUUGGAAAAACGUACGCUGUGAGCUCCAGCAUCACGGCCAAAUAACGGAAGAACCCACAAAAGCAAUGAUAAAGAGUGGUCUAGGGAUCUCAGCGCAAAUACCGGAAUCAGAGAUGGAGGAAUACCUUCGAGACAUGUGGCAGUGGACAUUGUCACAAUACGGGGACUCGUCCAAGCCUGGACACGUCCGCAUUCCAGCAGAAAUUUUCAUCAUUCAGGCUUGCAAAUCUUGCUGAGAUAUAUUAAUUCAGCACUCGCUUUCUUCGAAAUACUGGGGUGAUUGGGCACCGCGUGGUGGUUUGUAGUAGUCUAUCUUUCUCCUUUUUUGGAUGAUAGUUCUCUGCAGCUUUUCUCCGAGAAAGUACAUUUUAUGAACUUGAAACUUAAGACGAACAUCAACCCCGAUCCCUAGAUGUAAAUACAAACACAUGGCAUUGUCAGGUAUCAACUUGUUAACGAUUAUCUACUUGACAUAUCUCAUGAACUGAUAUAGGUGUAUCAUAUUUUAGGAUCUGACAUAUUUUGAGUGGGGCAACAGUUUUGUCUGUGAUCUUGAAGUCGUUUAACCUUUGCUUUGGGAGUAAAUGGAGGGUCACAGCUCAGGGUAAUUUUAAAUGCUCUAAGCAAGGAUAUUGACGUGGAACCUCGAACAAACAUCAACGUUAAUGCCGAGGUGGGCGUGCUUUUAUGACUUACUCCGACGUCAUAUAACUGGAGUAACUAUACAUAAGAUGAAUAUCUGUGUCAUGACUGGCUCCCUUUAGUGUCAUUUUGUGUAAGUCAGUCCCCCAAGGCUUCUCUAAGUUCCACGGUCGGGUAAUGAACAGAUUGUAGUCAUUUCCCUUCCCCACUUGCCGACACAGAUUUACGCCACCAACCAUACAUCAUUUAAGUACUCGAAGCCUAAGUCAGUCAUUAUAAAUGUUGCUUAGUUAACGAAAUGGCAGCAUUUUCCAGAAUCUUCCUGUCUUAAAACAAUUCCUACACAACAAAGUUUCGAUAACAUUACCACCACAGCCCACUCAUGUCUCAGUAUGUAACGACAUCAUUUUACGCUCGACAAUACGGUCACAAAACACGAAUUUAUACUACAGUGAAACAAUAAAUCAUUAAAAUUGUCACACUGCAGUACUGGCAAUUUAGGAUACUUGUACCUGCCAGUAAAUUUUGUUCAUUUUCAACAACUUACAAAUUUGAUACUUAAUAUUAGAGUGGGGUUUCUUCCCCGUAUAAUAUAUUAAAUAUGAAAUCAAGUAUCUGCAAAAAGAAGUAACUUAAGCGAAUUCCAGUACAAGCCUGUAACUACUUUAUGGCACAUUGAAAGCUUUUUGUCCAUUUUUUCCCCUUUUCAGUACUAUUUCAGCUAAGACAGUGAAAAUAUUCAGCAUUAAGGAAAACGAGGUGCUUUAUGUCAGGCACGUGAUGCAUGUCGGAGCUGCCUAACCAGCUUAAGUUAAGAUUCUGCCCCUUAAUAUGUUCAAGUGGUAUUUUUUUGUGAUAAAAAGGGGUCGCAAUUAUGUCAGAAAAGUAAUGGUAGGAAGGUGACAUAAUAUAGUAUUUGAAUAUAGAAAUUUGUAGUUUCAGUAACAAAAUUUUGCACCAAUCGCCAGAAUGAGAUGAAUCGUUUCUUUCCUCCCCUGGUGGGAGCUAGGGAUAAACAAAAAGUAGAUACAAAUUUGUUAGUUAAAUGUUAGACAAAUGGAGGGGAAAUAAUGAACGCUGUAAUAUGUCUCAUUUAAUAUACAACAACAAACAUGUUUCCUUACAGAAUUGUUUUCCAUAGUUUAAGCAAUGGUUGUGUGGGUUUGCGUGACUGUACGUUUGUUUGCUUGCUCGGCUUCGACGUAUGCCCAAACGAGUGGCUCUUGAGCUAAAAUACAUUGCUAAAUACCUGCUCCAAAAUGUCUGUGUUGAUUAUUCCACGCCAAAGAGUGGCUCUUAUUAUUAGGAUCAAAUACAAUAAACUGCUUAGUAUCGGCUCAAAAAUUGUUGUCCAUUCUUUCGUUAAAUGUA